UCUCCUGAUUCUUCUAUCAUCGCUCUGUCCCUCUCAAUUUCCUGCAAUCAGACCUCUCUCUCUUUCAUCUCUAUCUCUCACCAUUUCUUCGAUCAUCGCACUCUCCCUCUCAAUUUCUUGAGAUCUGAUCGCUCUCUCCCUCUCAAUUUCCUGCAUCUGAUCUCUCUCUCUCUCUCUCUCUCUCUCUCUCUCUCUCUCUCUCCUUUUUCUGGGGAUUCGGAGCUCUCUCUCUGUUCUGGAACAAUGGCGAAUGCGCUUGUUUCAAUGGUUGUGAACAAACUUCGAGAAGAGGUUUAUUUGGUUGGUGAUGCCAAAGAAGAACUUAUAAAGUUAUCUUCUACAUUGGAAUCCAUUCAAGCACUUCUUAAUGAUGCUGAGAUUAUGCAAUUUCACAACCAAAGCAUUCAAGUUUGGUUAAAAAAGUUCAAAGAUGUGGUUUACGAUGUGGAGGACGUGGUUGAUGAGAUGAUUCCAUUCCCAGAAUCUGAAUCAGGAACCCACAACGGUGACUAUCGACUCAUGGGAAACCAGCCAUGGGCGUGCUUAUUUUCACUCUUUUCAUGUUGCGGUCUAGAAGAUUGGAUAAGGUUGGCCCAUGAAUCAAUGUCCGAAGGCGACGACAUCGGAGAUAAGGUGCGGACAUUUGUCAGUAAAGUCGCAUCACAACGCGAUUUUGCUCGUCAGAUAAAACAAGUAAGGGUCAAGCUGGAUCAGAUUGCAGCUGACACAAAUAAGUUCAGUUUUAAGGAGAUUCACAGUUUCCGUGGAGGUAGUCAGCUUCACAAGGCCGAGUCUCAAACGAGUUCGCUCGUAGACGAAUCGAAGAUGUUCGGGAGAGACAGAGACAAAGAUAUCAUAAUAAGCAAGUUGGUCAGCGGGAGCAGUUCUGAGGAGGGAGGAAUUCAUGUCAUUUCGAUAGUAGGCGUUGGCGGGUUGGGCAAGACGACUCUUGCUCAAUUGAUCCACAAUGAUAAAAGGGUGAGGAGCCAUUUCAAUGUGUUUCCAUGGGUCUGUGUAUCUGAUGAUUUUAAUGUCAUAAAUCUUACAAAAGAAAUUAUAAAAGCAGCUGGAGGGACAAGUCCACCGGAUUCUCAGCUAGACUCAUUGCAAAAGCAGCUUAUCCAAACAUUACAGGGCAAGCUAUUCUUGAUUGUGCUUGAUGAUGUGUGGAACGAUGAUAGUGACAGGUGGGAGAAAUUAAUGCUUUCCUUGCAAAGAGGUGCUCCUGGAAGUAAAAUUUUGGUCACCACUCGCAGCGAGAAGGUUGCAAAUACAUGCAUGCCGUCUGCCUACAUGCAUGAAUUGAAAGGUUUAUCCUAUGAUGAUAGCUGGUUACUGUUCAGAACCAGAGCUUUCGCUGGGAGGAAAGUGGAAGAUUGCCGGGCGUUGGAAAAGAUCGGAAGAGAGAUAGUGAAGAAGUGUAAAGGAGUGCCUCUUUCGUUAAAGGUAAUUGGAAGCGUCAUGCGUUCCAAGAUGACCGCACAAGAUUGGAAGGACAUCUUAGAAAGCCAAACAUGGGAAAUACGAGACAUCGCGAAAGGUAUCUUACCAGCUUUGUUGUUGAGCUAUUAUAAUUUGCCUGUCCAUUUGAAGCAGUGUUUUGCAUAUUGCUCAGUAUUUCCGAAAGAUCAUAAGAUGGAGAAGGAUAAAUUGGUGAAGUUGUGGUAAGCUCAGGGUUUCAUCAAGCCCGAUGGAAAAAGAGAGAUGGAAGCAAUUGGAGGAGAGUACUUUGACGAACUACUGGCACAGUCUUUGUUUCAAAAAGUGGUGAUUGAAUAUGAACAUGAAGAAGAAGAAGUCGGAAGAUGUACAAUACAUGAUCUCCUGCAUGAUCUCAUCCAAUUCAUUACAAAGAAUGAAUGUUGCAUCUUUGAGAAUGGAAAGUCGGACACCAGCUCUGUUACAGUCCGUCAUUCAUCAUUUAUUGCCACCAGAGAAACGUCACACAUUCCUGCCCCUCUAUGUCAUGCAAAAAAAUUGUGAACACUCCUCCAAAUCGGACCUUCGGUAAUUGAUACCAUCCUUGAUAAUUUAUUCCAAUGCGCUAGGUCCCUUAGGGCAUUGGAUUUCGGUAUUGGCACCAUAAUCCAUUGGGAUAUUAUAUACUCUGGCACCGACAUUAAAGAAUUGCCAAGCUCAAUUGGGUUGCUGAAGCAUUUACGAUAUCUUGACUUGUCUUUUUCCAAGAUAGUUGAGUUGCCAGAAUCAGUGACUCAUCUCCGCAAUUUGCAGACUUUGAAGUUGAAUUUUUGUACAGAACUCGAGAUACUGCCAAGUGGGAUGAGUGCAAUGGUCCGCUUGAGACAUCUGGAAUUUGAACUCACAAAGAAACUAAAGUACUUACCGGAAGGGUUGGGGAGAAUAAGUUCCCUUCGAACGUUGAGUAGGUUUAUCGUGGGAGGCGAUGGAGGAUGUAAGAUUGGAGAGCUGAAGCGACUUGACUCUCUCCAAGGAAUGCUAGAAAUAGAACACUUGGAGAGAGUGGCGAGCGUGGAUGAGGCUAAGGAAGCACAACUGGAGAAGAAGUUACAACUUCACGUAUUGUCUCUAAAAAUGUCACCAGACGAUGCUCUUGAAAUGUCAGGAAAUGGUGAGGCGGAGAGGAUGAAAAAUGUAGUUGAAGCCCUCAGGCCGCCCCUUGCAAACCUAGAACAGCUGGAAGUUUGGGGAUACAUUGGUUACAAGUUCCCAACCUGGAUAGGAGAUUAUUCAUCUUUCUCAAAGUUAGUCAAGUUGAAAUUAAUAGAUUGCAAUAAGUGUACACAGUUGCCUGGGCUAGGGAGACUACCUUCGCUUAAAUACCUUCUAAUAGAGGCAGGUCUUGUAAAACGGGUGGGAAGUGAGUUUUACGGGAAUAGCAGUGGUGGGGGCAUAAACGGGGUGGCAUUCCCGAAGCUGGAAGAGCUCCAGUUCAGUAACAUGUAUGAAUUGGAAGAGUGGGAGUUGAGAUUAGAAGAUAGAGAGAUAAUGCCGUCUCUACACUCAUUAAAAAUCAGAAAAUGCCUGAAAUUAAAGGCACUGCCGACACACCUCCCGAAAAGUCUAACGUCCCUCUACAUCAUUGAAAUGACGUGUCUCCCCUACGGAUGGAAACAAUUGGAGUCACUAGAGACUCUUACUAUCGGCUUUGGCUAUAAAUUGAGGUCUCUUCCUGAUGAUUUGGGACAGCUCAAGUCGCUUAGGAGAGUAAUGAUCUUCAGCUGCCCUGAGUUGCUGUCAUUGCCUCGGUUGCAAGGCCUUACCAGUCUCCAAAUCAACUUAAGUCCAAUGCUGGAGGAGAGAUGCAAAGGGGAGGAUUGGAGCAACAUAUCACACAUCUCAAACAUCGAGAUUGGUUUCAAAAGAAUCAAAUGAGGCGCUGAAGAUGAGAAGAUCCAUCGGGUAGACAAGGUUCAAAGAUUAUCACGGCCAACCAGGUACUCUCUCUCUCUCUCUCUCUCUCUCUCUCUCUCUCUCUCUUAUCAGAUAAUGUGAAGGAGAUCCACACUGCCUCGUGCUCACCCUAGAACUCAAAAAUUAGGCUGGCCCAAAACUUAGAAGAAAAAAGAGAUAUGCUUUCAGAUUUCUUCGAAUAUCAGGCAUGGCAGCAAUGGUGGCCCAUCAUUGCAACGACGUGUUGAGCAGAGGAAGGCAUUGAAGUAUUUCUGGUCAUUUGUUAAGCACACGGGAGCACAAAUUUCUCAGGCCUCACAUAGUCUUGAGGUGAAGGAGUUAUGGAGCUCAAUGAAUGGAUUUCAUCGUAUGGUUUCAAAUGGUUUAGAAUCCAAUGAGGCAAUAGUUGAUAUGAUAAAGCUGGGAGAAGAAGGGUGGAAAGAAGGCAAUUGGGGGUACGGUGAGGAGAGGUCCUGAUAGUGUAGCCCGGCAUAUGUGGUUAUAUAUCUGGUAUUAUGAGAAGGGUUGGGGGAAAUUUUAGGGAAAGAUUACAAGAACUUGGAGGACUUGAUGCAGUCUUGGAUUUUGCUGUAAGUUGCCACUCUGUUAUGGAGGUCACUGAAGAACAGCUUGCAGAACCCUUCCAAAGUUUAGAGGUAAAUUUGGGCAGUAGAGGGAUCAGCACCAAAUGGUUCGAGAUGUAUAAGCCAGUCAAGUGGCAAAUGAUGCAGUUGGUGGUAUUCGGACAAUUGCAUCUUUUUGUGGAGAAUAGAAGGUAAUGGAUCUUUACCAAGAGAAAUGCGAGGUCUCAAUGAAGCAUGAAGUCCGACAAGGAAUUGUAAGUGGUGUAGGCUUCGGCUUCUCCUUCUUCGUGGUCUUCUGCACCAACACCCUCAUUUUCUAUGCCGGUGCUCAUCUUGUACAUGAUGGGAAGACAACAUUUUCCAAAGUUUUCAGGGUUUUCUUUGCUUUGAUAAUGGCAGCAUUUGGAGUCUCAUAGACCAGUGCAAGGGCUCCAGUUGCAACCAUUCGCUUUUAAAUGUAGGACUGCCAUGUAAAAAUAAAUAAAUAAAUCAGUAUUUUACUAGUUUAAUGGGGCCUUUUAUUUUUUAUAUGGGAAGCAUGUUUCCUGCUCAAGUUUGUAUGUUAAAAAAUUAACUUCAUAUGGACUGAUGUGUUUAUAUUGGUGAGUCCAAUCUGUAUUACUUUCUAAUGUUAUGAAUAAAGACUUUGUUAUUUUGGUCGUUGUCGAAUUCGA